AUGUCCAUGGCCAGGCUCAACAGCGUCAAUGGCUUUUUGGAGGACAACAGGAUGGAGGCAGGGGACAUGGGCAGGAUCCUCCGCUGCCUGGAGAUGGGUACAGUCCUCACCUUGUUCUAUCAGAAGAAGUCACAGAGGCCAGAACGAAGGACCUUCCAGGUGAAGUUGGAGACUCGGCAGAUCAUCUGGAGCCGGACGCCAGAGAAGGUGGAAGGAGACAUCGACAUUCGGGAGAUCAAGGAGAUCCGCCUGGGGAAGAACUCACGGGACUUCGAGCGUUAUCCCGAAGAUGCUCGCAAGCUCGACUUCACCAUGUGCUUCAUCAUCCUCUACGGGAUGGACUUCAGGCUGCGGACACUCAGCGUGGCCGCUUUCUGCGAGGAGGACAUCAACCUAUGGAUAACAGGUCUCAACUGGCUGGUGGCAGACACCCAAAAAGCUCAGACUCCACUGCAGAUCGAGAGGUGGCUGCGUAAACAGUUUGAUGGGAUGGACCGGUCGCGGGAAGGCAGCAUCACAGUGAAGGACUUGAAGGCCAUGCUGCCCCAGGUCAACUACCGUGUCCCCAACAUGAGGUUCCUGCGGGAUAAGCUCAUGGAGGUAGAAGCCAGGAACGAGAUGACUUUCUCCCACUUCAUCCAGUUCUACAAAAACCUGAUGUUUGAUGCACAGAAGUCGAUCAUCGAGCAGUUGGAGCUCUCCUUCCCUUUGCGGAACGUGGACCGCCCCGAGCUGUGCCAAGUCUCCCUCUAUGACUUCCAGAAGUUCUUGCUACAUGACCAGAAGGAACCCUGGGCCAGCGACGUGGGCAUGGUGCGGGACUACAUGUGCACCUACCUCAAGGAGAACUCCAGCGAGGCGACAGACCCCUCAUUCCAGUUGGAUGAGUUCCUCACGUACCUCUUCUCCAAGGAGAACAUGGUGAUGGAUGCCAAGUAUGAGCGCGUGGUGCCUGAGGAGAUGAACCACCCCCUGUCCCAGUACUGGAUCUCCUCCUCCCACAACACGUAUCUAACUGGGGAUCAGUUCUCCAGCGAGUCCUCUCUGGAGGCGUACGCCCGUUGCCUGCGCAUGGGCUGUCGCUGCAUUGAGUUGGACUGUUGGGAUGGCCCAGACGAUCUCCCUAUCAUCUACCAUGGCCAUACGCUCACCUCCAAGAUCAAGUUCCUGGAUGUGCUCCACACCAUCAAGGAGCAUGCAUUCGUCACCUCCGAGUUCCCCAUCAUCCUCUCCAUCGAAGACCACUGCAGCAUUGUCCAGCAGAGGAACAUGGCCUCUCACUUCAAGAAGGUCUUUGGGGACAUGCUACUCACCAAGCCAGUGGACAUCAAUGCUGAUGAGCUGCCCUCACCCACUCAGCUGAAGAAGAAGAUCCUAAUCAAGCACAAGAAACUGGUCGAAGGGAACCUGUACGAGGAGGUCUCCACUGCCAGUUACUCAGAGAAUGACAUCAGCAACUCCAUCAAGAAUGGCAUCCUCUACCUUGAAGACCCCAUUGAUCAUACCUGGAGCCCCCAUUAUUUCGUCCUGACAAGCAACAAGAUCUACUACUCAGAGGAGACAUCCCGCUACCAGUUCAACGAGGACGAGGAGGAGGUGGAGCAGAAGGAGGAGUUCAACAACAACGAGAUGCACUUCACGGAGAAGUGGUUCCAUGGGAAGUUGGGAGGUGGCCGUGAUGGACGUCAGAUCGCCGAGAAGCUGCUGCACGAGUACUGCACUGAGACGGGCGGCAAGGAUGGCACCUUCCUGGUGCGCGAGAGCGAGACCUUCGUGGGUGACUACACCCUCUCCUUCUGGUAG